CCAAAUCAUAUAAUAUCAUAACUUCUCCAAUCACAUAAAUCCCUUAUCCAUUAUCAUAGGCACUUCAUCAAUGGAGGAUCAGUGCUGCCCCUUUAGCUGGGAGUACUUGUACUCCAAUGCCGAAGAGGGAAUGGAGGAGUUGAAGCAAGCCCUUCUGUACACGACCCUAGAGCUUGAGAAGACAACUGAGUCAGCUAAAGAAGAGAUCACAGCCCGAGAACUUGAACUCAGUCAUCUCAGGAACCUCCUGAGCAAAGCCAUUAAGGAAAGGGAUGAAGCUAUCUCUCAAUACCGGUCUCUCCUCUCAGAGAAACCCUCCAAAUCUUCAAGCCAAGCUGAAGAAGAAGUCUCCACAGAAGACCCUUCUUCUUCUCCUUCUUCUUCCUCCCAUACUUCUUCUUCUUCACUGACGGAAGAAGCCCUCGAGGCAAUGGCUGGGAAGGAGAGGGAGAAAAAGAAGCCAUUGCCUGAGAAAGGGAAGCUCUUGCAGGCAGUGCUGGAGGCCGGGCCUCUGCUUCAGACUCUGCUAUUGGCCGGCCCGCUGCCUCAGUGGCAGCACCCUCCUCCCAAAAUGAACUCUUCUGACAUUCCAAUUCCUCCAUGGGGCUUCAGCCCCUGUAGCAGUAAACGGGCUUUCGGUCCAGAGCUCGGGGAAGGUUUUGAAACGCCUCCGAGCCCCAAGUUUCGGAAGGUUGUCUUCAGUUGACAUCGACCAUAAUUACUCUUCAUGUGUUAAAAGUCGCAUCAUGUUCCAUCAGAUGUCUUAAACUCUUGGAAGUGUAAUUUUUUGCCUGUGCAGUCAGUGACAAUUUGGUGCAACCUUAGUAGCACGUAGUUAAAAAUGCGUCCGCGUCAACAGAAAUAGGUUAUGUAGAGCGUGACGGAUCCGUCUAGAGGUGCAGAUGUAAUUUUUCCUAAUGAUCCUGGAAUUCAGAAGACGAAUCCAGGGCAAUAGAAAGUGUGGAUGUUGUAAUGGUCGACCUUGUGAAAUUAAUCUUGAAUUUCUAUGCGUAAGUUA